UUCUCUCUUCACUAUGGGGCAGAGAAAAAGUAAGGUACAAAAAGAAAUUAAGGAAAAGGACCCUUCUGAAAGAACGAAGGAAUUGUUAGACAUUCCCCCAGAAAGUCCUUUGGGGUGGAUGUUGAGAAAUUGGGAAAAGUGUCCCGAAAGAAAAAGGAAGUCCAAGGCAAAGAUGAUCUAUUACUGUGCUGAGGUUUGGGGUGGGCAAGAGUUGCGAAAUUACCUCAUCUGGCCAGUACUAGGUACAUUUGAGAAGUGGACAUGUAACGAGUUAAUCUCUCACGUGGAGCGUAAAGCCUCCUCGGACUCCGAGGAAAAAGAAUACGCCCGACUUUGGUUAGCUCCCAAGGUCGGGCUGUUCCCAGUGAAACAGAAAAAUGAAAUAAAAACAGAAAGUUGGGAACCCCUGGAUCACCUGCCCCCACCAUACAACGGGCCAGCGGGGCUUCCUGCGGCAGAUCAAGUGGUGCCAUCAGCACCCACGGGUUCCCCUGAACAACCGGCUGGUGGACACACCCCACAGAUAAGGGAGACGGCGCCGGUAACGGCUCCGGCGGCUCCCCCGAUGUCCCCGCCAACUGAAACCACGGCAACCACAGCCCUCUCAGGGGCCAGGGGAAUGCAAGGCUGGAAAACACCUUAUCCCCCGUUGCCAGUCCAACCACCACUGCCGGGACCCUCAAAAACAACAGAAAGUACCCCAUUUGAUAAGGAGCUCAGGAAGAGAGGAUUGAUUCCCCAAAGUGUCACCUUGGGAUUUCCAAUCCACAAAAUUCAACCGGGAGAUAAAGUAUUAAUCAAAGUCUGGAAAGAGCUACCCCUCGGCCCACAUUGGGAAGGCCCUUAUCUCGUUCUUCUGACAACCGAUACUGCAGUACGGACAGCCGAGAAAGGGUGGACACAUCACUCUCGAGCAAAGAAAGUUCCGGACUGCAGCGCCACUGAGUGGAAAGUCACCACCCCGCCGGGAGAGCUGAAGAUCAAACUACGGAGACAUCGCAAAUGAACAAUAACGAAAGGAUAAGUUGCGAAAUCCGCGAUUGCUAUUGUUUUCCCUUUGUACAUUUUAAGUGUGCUUAUUGUAAGCAGACUUGGGUAACUCAUUGCUUAAGGGGGUAUAGGCCAAGGGGACUGUGCACUAGGUGCUACGAAAGGGAAUUAGAACAGACCAAUAAGUUUCUAAUACUCGCUACCCGGGCGGGCCUUUUGGAACUCGACUCUCCGGAGUGGUUCCUGUUUUACCGAAAAGGAAUAAGGGGUCAACUUGAUUGUAAGGCAGAGCCCCUGAAAAUAGAGUGUCGUAGAACCGUGCAAGUACCGUGCCGGUUUGAUACAGUCAAGGCUUCUCGGUGGGCGACCUUCAAGCGAAGGUUCGCCAUCAGGACAUCAAGGGCCCCUGAAGACAGUCCUUGCUGCCGAGAAGAUGGUUAUCCCCGCCGUAUGCUAUUAUACGGGCGGAGGGAAUGGCAGAGGGAUGCAAUUGUGGGGAAUCCUGAUGCUCCUGAGCCUAGCCACGUACUCGACCAAAGGAAUGGGGUCCGAGGUGUCCCCAGGGGAGGGUCCCCUGGGGAAGUGUGAGCAAUGUAAAAUUGCCACGAGAAUCGAAGGACUGACUGUCUGCCCACCUGAAUUACACUCGGGAGAAUGCUGGUUAAACGACACGCAAUUCAAAAUGUGCAAAUUGGAAGAAAAAAUCUGGUGUUCUAACCCUGGAGCGAGUAUUAGAAAAAGACCAAUUCGGACCUCGGAAGAACUAGGGGUUAUGAUGACCCACUUACGGAGUAAAAGAGAGAUAAAGGGGAUUCCCCCGAUCUCGGUCUGCGGACAGUGUAACAAAACUGUCUGGAUCGGGGGGAGAGAACAAUCAACCUUUUUGGCAUACCACCGAGUUAACCCUGUUUGCUACAACAAAGCAAACUUAAAACCGUGUUUAAUGGGUGAUAAAUUGUACUGGGAAGGGAAAAAUUUGAAACAUGAAAAGAAAAUGGCAUUCAAUAACGAACCAAUAGUUUUAGACCUAUUGGAACCAAAUGAUGAAAGGGUAUGUCUCCAGUUUGACCCGGUGUUUUGUUUUUCGAAGGACGGGGAAGGGUUAGAUCCGGAAAAUAAAAUAAAACAGCUAACAUUAGAAAUAAAACGACGAGAAAUGGAAAACAAAAGAAAGAGGUUAGAACAAGAGAGGUUAAAUUCUCUCAGUGAACAUUAUGAACAAUUGGAAAAACAAUAUGACAAUUGGAAAUUGCCAAAUCCAAAUCAAAAUCUAUUCGCAGAUCUAAUGCAAGAGAUAGCCACCGAAUUGGGUUUAUCCAAUUGUUGGAUAUGUGGUGGUUUGAAAUCAGCCGAAAGGUGGCCUUGGAAGGGAGAGGCAUUGACCCCAGAACAAUUAUUAAAAUGGACAGGUUUAAUAUUAUCCAAAACAACCCAGAGACCAGAAGGGUGGGUGAUUGACAAGAGAAUAAUCGGAACAUUUUGUAUCAGCCGG